GAGCCGAGCGGACGCCCCUCGGGGCCGCGCCGCAGCCCUCCGCGUCUCCCCUAUCAUGCCCCGGGCCUGGGCCGGGGCCGCCGGAGCAGCCAGAACACCAUGCCAGAGGGCGGCUGUGGCGACGGUGGGGAGGUGCCUGCGCUCAUCCCGGACGGCGAGCCGCUUCGGGAGGAGCAGCGGCCCCUGAAGCAGUCCUUUGGAAGCUCCCUGUGCCGGGAGUCGCACUGGAAGUGCCUGCUCCUCACACUGCUCAUCCAUGCCUGCGGGGCUGUGGUGGCUUGGUGUCGCCUCGCCACCGUGCCACGUCUCGUCCUGGGGCCCGAGGCAGCCUUGGCACGUGGGGCAGGGGGUCCUCCACCCACCUACCCGGCCAGCCCCUGCUCGGAUGGCUACUUGUACAUCCCACUGGCCUUUGUCUCCCUCCUCUACCUCCUCUACCUGGCUGAGUGCUGGCACUGUCACGUGCGGUCAUGCCAGGCACCUCGCACGGACGCCAACACCGUGCUUGCUCUGAUCCACCGGCUACAGCAGGCCCCGCCCUGCGUCUGGUGGAAGGCCACCAGCUACCACUACGUGCGGCGCACACGCCAGAUCACCCGCUACCGCAACGGCGAUGCCUACACCACCACGCAGGUCUACCACGAGAGGGCCGACAGUCGCACUGCACGCGGCGAGUUUGACUACUCUGCCCAUGGGGUCCGCGACGUUUCCAAGGAGCUGGUGGGCCUGGCCGAUCAUGCGGCCACACGCCUCCGCUUCACCAAGUGCUUCAGCUUCGGCAGCGCUGAGGCCGAGGCCUCGUACCUCACGCAGCGCGCGCGCUUCUUCAGCGCCAAUGAGGGCCUGGACGACUACCUGGAGGCCCGCGAGGGCAUGCACCUGAAGGAUGUGGACUUCCGGGAGUCCCUCAUGGUCUUCGCAGACCCCCGCAGCCCGCCCUGGUAUGCGCGCGCCUGGGUCUUUUGGCUGGUGUCGGCAGCCACGCUGUCCUGGCCACUGCGCGUGGUGGCGGCCUAUGGCACCGCUCACGUGCACUACCAGGUGGAGAAGCUGUUCGGCGCCAGCUCGCCCCCUCCGGGGGCCGUGCCCAGCGGGCCGCCUCUCUCCCGUGUGGCCACGGUGGACUUCACCGAGCUUGAGUGGCACAUCUGCUCCAAUCGACAGCUGGUGCCCAGUUACUCAGAGGCUGUGGUCAUGGGCGCCGGUUCCGGCGCCUACCUGCGCGGCUGCCAGCGCUGUCGCCGCUCUGUCAGCAGCAACUCGCUGCCCCCUGCCCGGCCCAGUGGGCCCCGCCUGCCCUUCAGCCGCAGCCGCCUUUCCCUGGGUGCAGGAGGCCGGGCCACGCCUGGGGUUUUCCGCAGCCUGAGCGGGGGGCCACUAGGGCGCCGUGGAGAGGACACGGAGCCCCUGGAAAGCCCACCGUGCUAUGAGGAUGCCCUUUACUUCCCGGUGCUCAUUGUCCAUGGGGACAGUGGCUGCCGGGGGGAUGGGCAGGGUGCACUCUGAGAGCCCCAGAGCCACCCCUCACCAUGGGCAGAGAUACCUGAAUAAUUGUCCAAAACACGAGGGAGAACAGACCAGCCACACAUCAGGGGUGGGGGCGGGGCCGGGGUUCCCUAAACUAAAACGCAGUGACCUGUGUCAUUCAUGGGAAAUGGACGCCACCUAUGUUGAGUCUAUAUCCAUCCCCAGCAUGGUUCCCCGCAACUACCACCUUCCACUCCCUGUAAUGGUAGAGGACCAGGCUUGGGGGCCCUGCACAUUGUGCAGGAGAGGAAGGUUCCAGAAAGGCUGGAAAGAGGAGGAGUCCUGGAGACAGCUGUAGCCUGCAACAGAGAGCUGCAUGCUGGGCUCCUUCCUGCCCUGGCUGAGGCCAUGUUGGGAGCCCUCCAGCAACACAGAAGCACAAUGUAAUGGUUUGGGGCCAUGCCCACUGGGUUGGCUUCCCCAAAGAGAAGAGCUGGAGGAGGCAGCAUGGUGGCCUCGGCCCCACUGCCCACCCAAAUUUCCCACCCCCUUCACAUGCUAGGUCCUUCCCUGCCCACCCUCUCACCUCUGCUCCAGGGCAGUCCCUGAUCUGACCCUGCAAUGCAGCCCUCUCCUUUGGGAGCCUGGUUCUGGGAGCACAGUCUUGCCCAUCCUGCUCUUCUCCCUAGUGCCCAUACACCCUCUCCCACCCAGAUCCCUCCCCUGUGACCUGGGGCUCCCAUUAGGCCCCCCACAGUCCCUGGGCUCCACUCUGCCUCCUGAAGUUCCUGUCUGCCUCUGUUAGCCACGCAUACACCCCAACCUUGUGCUCAUUUCUCCCAAGGCUUCUCGUCUUCACCUUCCUGAUGAUCCAUGGGACACACAGGGAGCCAGGACAUCCGAGGGGCCCUGGCCCUGGCCACCGCCUCUUGGACGAUGCCCUUGACUUGCCCUGGGUGCCACUGCUUCUCCCAUCAGUGGAGCCUGGCCCAGGGGACACCACCCCUCCCCCAGGGAGGAGAGAGUAGUCCCUUCCCUUCCAACUGGGGCUUCCACCCCCUCUCAGGGGCCGGUGGGGGAGGGAGGAGGCCGAGAAGGUGCAGAUUAAAUAAAGAUAUGAAUGGAA